AUGGUUGGUCAAAACCACAUUUUGAUGAACAUCGAUAGCGGUUCUAUUGUGUACACUCCUCGUAUCUCUGGCACUUACGCCAUUCCUACGUCUAGCGAAAAGAUUUUACACGUACAAAUUCCAACUUAUCAAGUUAUCAAUUCUUCGCCUAUCAUCUAUCCUGCCAUGACUGAGAACGAUUUGAUAUCUUCUUUUGUUCUCACAAACGAAAUGCAACAACAAUUAUUUUUGGAUCCUAAUUCGAUCCAACAACAUCAAUCUCCUCUUGACUCCUUCACUGAAAAUGAUUACGAUGAUGUCAUGUUAAGGAAUCCUGCUGAAAAAUUUUCGCAUUCUGCCGGUUUAGACUCCCAAGUAAACAGCCCUUCUGGUGAAUGCAAUAGUCCCGAUGAAAUGUUGAACUCCUUUGAUGACAUCCAUUUCGAUGAAUUCUUUGAUCCGAAUAACUUGUUGUUUAAGGAGGAUUGUCUCGAUAAUUGUGUCAAUGAAUAUGUUAAACUCGAACACUCUGAUAACGAAGACGCUUUAAUCCCUGACUCGCAACAUGAUGGUUGUUAUCCUAUUGAAUCCCAAAAGAAUAACCCUGGUACUAUUGGCACUCCGCCACCUUCUCCUCAACAAGCAUCAGAUGCUGCUUCUGCUGAUGCUUUGGAUUCAAAAUCAAAAAUGAUCGCUCCCAAAAAGCAAACUAGUACAAAACCCCCUCGAAAUUUAGAGUGUUACAAUUGUGGUGUAAAUAAGACUCCUCUUUGGCGUCGCACUCCUGAUAGAAUGCAUUCUUUAUGCAACGCUUGUGGAUUGUAUUAUAAACAAUACAACACUCAUAGACCUUUGCAUAUUAGAAAUAAACCAACUAAUAGUAGUGCUCCGUACACUCUUCCUGUAUCAAGAAAGUGUACCUCCUCAAGUGUUUCUUCCGAUUCUUCGGGUUCUCAAUCCCCUCCACGACAAUCCUCCCCCCCUCCCCCUCCUUCUCAGCCAUUGCAACAAAUACCCCAUCAAUCUCCUAAUAUCCAAUCUUCAAUUAAUCCCAACGAUGCUACUAUUCGUUGUGUUAAUUGCGCUCAAACUCAAACGCCAUUAUGGAGAAAAAAUGAAAAGGGUCAACCUAUUUGCAAUGCUUGUGGCCUAUAUGCAAAAUUACAUAACAGGGAUCGUCCUGCUGCAAUGAGAAAAACAAAAAUUCAACGUCGUCGUCGUGAUUGGGGUGGAGCUAAUGGUAAUCAAAACGGUGUAAAUAUUGAUGAUUCGGUUUCUGAUGGUUCUUGCGACUCCAGCAUGCAACAUUCGACUUCUCCUAAUCAGCAUCCUAUUACUAUUCAAUUAUCCGGUCAACGCCCAUUAGUACCUUUAAUGAUUCCUCAAUCUCAACUCACUACUUCUCCAAUCAUGAUCACUUCAAUUCCUGCUUCCGUUCAACAUAAUUAUGCAAAUGGAAUUCCUUGUGUAUCUUAUCAUUUUGAACUUGAUGAUAAUGGUUUUAAAUCUUCUAUUAGCAAAUUGCCAAGAGAUCAAAUGGAGGGCGUUCUUGAAACCUUAGAAAGACGAUGCGAAAUC